UUCCUGUCUGCUAUGAGACAGCCCAAAGUCGCCCCUAGUGACGGUACUGCCUGAACAAAAUACAAACAAUGGGAAAGAAACACAAGAAACACAAGUCGGACAAACACGCAUAUGAAGAAUAUGCAGAGAGACCGCUCAAGCUGGUCUUAAAAGUGUCUGGCAAUGAGGUGACCACGGGGAGCUCCAGCCGGGACACUUUUUACGAUGACCAGUCGCCGGACUGUGAUAAGGCCAAAGACAAGAAGAAGAAGAAAAAGAAGGACAAAGAGAGGAACUGUGGCACACCUGAAAGCGACAAAGGGAAGAAGAAGGUGAUCAAAAAGAAGAAGGGCCACGAUGGGGAUGGAGAAGACGAACGGGAAAACUGCAGGACUCCCAUCCGAUCAGAGCUGGAUAAACUGGAAGCAGAGAAAGAACAAACACCCCUACAGGAAGCGGCGAACCAGCUCAUCAGACAACUUCAAAGGAAAGACCCGAGUGCGUUUUUCACCUUCCCCGUUACAGACCUGAUCGCUCCGGGCUACUCAGCCGUCAUCAAGCAGCCCAUGGACUUCAGCACUAUGAAAGACAAAGUCAAGAAACAAGACUACACUUCCUUGGACGAGCUCAAGAUUGACUUCAGGACAAUGUGCGAAAACGCCAUGGCGUACAACAAGCCCGAAACCAUCUACCACAAAGCCGCUCGGAAGCUGCUGCACUCAGGCAUGAAAAUCCUCAGCAAGGAGCGUCUGGAGAGCCUGAAGCAGAGCAUUGAGUUCAUGUCCGGUCUGGAGCCAUCUGACAAGGCCACCCGGAAGUGCCAGGCUCAAGGACUGACCUGCCUGGUGACCAAAAGAGAAGCCAGCACCGAGGGCAGUGAGCGCUCGCAGACCCCCGGCACGCCCAGACCAGACAAGGACGCCAAGGAAGAAGAGGCUGAGAAAGAGCUUGAGGAAAUCCGCAAGGUCAUCGAGGAGUCUGGGGGGAAACUGUCCAACCGAGUGCUGCAGUGCGACUUGGAGUUUAGCAGGCAGAGGCAGUCAGAUGGCUCCACAACUCUGGCUUUUGUCAACCCAGCCGAUCCGUCAGCAGGAGAGGCGGGAUACUGCAGCGUCAAGCUCGGCAUGAUGUCCACCCGCUUGCAAAGCGGCGUCAACUGCCUCCAGGGCUUCCGGGAGGACAAGAGGAACCGCAUCACCCCAGUAUCCUACAUGAGCUAUGGGCCGUUCACAUCAUACGCGCCCACCUACGACUCCAGCUUUUCCAAUGUAAGUAAGGAUGACUCGGACCUCAUCUUCAGCCUCUACGGGGACGAGUCUAGCCUGCAGGGCUCAGACAGCAGCUUGUCGGAGUUCCUGUCCAAGUCAGAUGAGUAUGUGUACAAAAUGGCCGACAACCUUCUGGACGCCAUGACUAAUGGCGAGCAUUCGAAAAAGCUGAAGGAGACCGAACCACAGGUGGAGGAGUCUUCCCAAGAGGAAAAAGCUGACGCAGAGCCACUCCGAUCUGACGCUUCGGGCUGCAAUAAAACGGAGCCUCUUGCUGCUGAGGAGCUCUCUGGAGCAGACGUGCAGCCGAAACUGGACGAGACCACGCGGCUCCUGCGGGAACUGCACGAGGCGCAGAGGGAACGUCUGAGUGCCAGACAGCCGCCCAACAUGAUUUGUCUGCAUGCGCCCAACGCUAAGGAGCUGGAGCUGGCCGAGAAGGUGAUGGGCAACCUGGCCGAGUUGACGGGCCGAGUGGCCCCGCGUGAAAUCAGCAGCAUUUGGGCCAUCAGGAAGGCCAUGGGCAUCGUGCUCCCUCCCGAGCACCUCAUCGACCUCACCACGGUGCACGAGAUGGCUGAACCCAUGGACACCACUCCAAGCAGUCAGGACGCACUGCCCAUCACAGCCACACGAUGGUUGGUGGAAUAAGGCCACGAGAUGAAUGCUCCAGAAUCGCUCCUUCUUGAGAGGAGAAAUGCCUCACACGUAAGCAAGAAGCAGGCAUGACGACAACACACCGGACAUGACAUCAUGCUUGUCGACGACACAGCUAUACAGAUUGUCCCAUUAAAAAUACACAAAACAUGACCUGCCGAACCA